ACCGCCCCCACCACCCCCAAUAUCGCCCGCGUACGCGCCCUCACCCGUAGCACCCUGCGCAUCACCGUCACGGAUGGGCGCGUCUUCCUGGGCCAGUUCGCCGGCACGGACAAGCCCCUGAACAUCCUCCUAGUCAAUGCCGAGGAGUACCGGGCGCAGAAGACCACGGGAGACAAUGCACAAAUAGGCCAGCCGCCCCAAUACGAUGGGCGCUUUGUUGGGCAGAUUAUGAUUCCGUGGAAAAUCAUCACAAAGGCAGAGGCGGAG